GCGAAGGCGGCGCGGCUCGGGGCGACCGGAACCCGCUGCGCUUUAACGAGCGCGCCCUGCGCGCCGUGUCCCUGCCGCCGUGCCGUAGCGGCCGCCGCUGAUUGGCCGCCUGCGCAGGGCCGGGCGCGCGUAGCGGCGGCUUACCAAGAAAAACCAAGAUGAGUCUACGAAAACAAACUCCUAGUGACUUCCUGAAACAGAUCAUUGGAAGGCCAGUUGUUGUAAAAUUGAAUUCCGGUGUCGAUUACCGAGGUGUCCUGGCUUGCCUGGAUGGGUAUAUGAACAUAGCUCUGGAACAGACAGAAGAAUACGUAAAUGGACAAUUAAAGAACAAGUAUGGGGAUGCGUUUAUCCGAGGAAAUAAUGUAUUGUACAUAAGCACACAGAAAAGAAGGAUGUGAAGAUGCCAGAAGGAGGCUCUUCUGUAUUUGUGACUCUCUCCAAAUGGAUGAGACCUAUUUCAUUUGUAGUUUAUCAUUCACAGGUGGCAUAUUCAAGUGCUUAUUUUUUUUUUUUAAAUAAAUGUAAACCAAUGUAAGCUUCCUGAA